AUGAUGAGUAACUUGAUAUAUACUAAAAGAAAGCCUAAAGUUACUUUUUCAUCUGUUUCAAGGAAUGCCCGGAGGGCGUUGUUCAAGAAGAUUCAUUCAAAGACAUUUAUGCAAAGUUUUUUCCACACGGAAAUUCUAGCCUUUAUGCUCACUACGUAUUCAAAGCUUUCGACGUUAACUGCAAUGGGGCCAUCAGCUUCAGGAAGAAUAAAAAAGUGUAAUUGCUGUCUCGUAUUUCAGGAUCUACUUGUUACUCUCUCGACGCUACUGCGAGGUAGCAUUUACGAGAAACUUAGGUGGACAUUCAAGCUUUACGAUAUUAAUGGUGACGGAUGUAUAACCAGAGGCGAGCUGGGAGAAGUUGUUACGGCUGUGCAUGAACUUAUGGGCCGCAAACAUCCUGCGGAAGAAGAGCGUAAAGCUAAAGAACAGUUAGAUAGAGUCUUUGAAAAACUCGAUCUUAAUCAUGAUGGUGUAAUUACGAUAGAGGAGUUCAUCGAAAGCUGCCUUAGAUUCACAAGUCACGGCAGUUAUAUAGUGACUGCAAGGUUGCUAGACGAAGUGAUCACACGAUCUCUCGCAAUGUUUGACUGUGACUUCUGA